ACAAUGAAUCAUGCUUGUUGGUUGUUUACAACGGAAUAAACAUGAUUUUCUGCACGUUCAGUGAAACAGUUGGAAUUCAAUUUUCUUUUGUAGUAAUUUUAUAAUGAACGUGAGUUCCAGAUAAUGUUCAUAGGCAUCAGUUAACCAAUUGUUGUAUGUGUUCAUCGUCUUACGUGGAUGGAACUUUCUAGAUGAGGUCAUUAAGUGGGAUUACUUCUUUGUCUUGUGCAGCAGUCUAGGCCUGGGCCCGAGAUAGGCCUCUGUCAGAAAGGACUCCGUGAUCCGGAGAAAGACGGGGUUCGCCCUGGCAGCUUUGAAAGCUUAGGGGGCCAGUGCGCCCCAAAUAGACUUAGUAAACAUGUUGCCUACAAGUGCCUGGCUUGCGUUGGUGACAGGCUUUUGGUCACUUCUGUAUUUGUUAGAUGCUUAUGCAAAGACUCAUAAACGCUAUGGUCUACGUUAUUGCGAAUUCCAAGAUAGAAAUGGCAUCCAAGUUACAGUUGCUCAAGUGCGCUGGUACUCAACUUGUCUCAACCGGGUAUUUUUAAAAGUUGGCCAGUGGAAACCGGCGUUAACGAGAGUCUGGUUUACAGCCGGUGUCUGGUUCGGGAUUGCUGCAAUGCUGUCCUCCAUAGCCCUCCUUAUAUGGACUUUAAUUAAAUCAUUUUCAGUUGAGAAGAAGGAAAGAGUAUUAACUCCUGUGAUGCCGGGUGUGAAUUUACCACUGAAUCAAAUUGUGUAUUAUUUUGCUGUUCUUUUUAUAAGUGGCGUUUUUCAUGAGUUUGGACAUGCGAUGGCAGCUGUAAGGGAGCAGGUUCGAGUAAAUGGAUUUGGAAUAUUCCUGUUGGCCAUUUAUCCUGGUGCGUUUGUGGACCUUCACACGGACCAACUUAAUGCGGUUUCUCCAAUACGCCAGCUACGCAUCUACUGUGCUGGCAUAUGGCAUAAUUUUGUUCUCGUCCUUGCUGGAAUUUUUGUAAUGCUGACGUUACCGGCUCUACUAUCACCGUUGUAUGUGACAGGGUCUGGCGUGGUGCUGACUGAUGUUAUCAAGAAUUCUCCUGUGUUCGGUAAACAUGGCCUUCAGUCCGGAGACUUUGUAAACGCUCUUAAUGGCUGCCCUGUAAACAGUAUUGAAGACUGGAGUCGAUGCAUGGGUGCAAUCGUUUACUAUCCACCUCCCGGUUAUUGCAUGCCUGUUGGUAAACUUCAACAGAUGAGUCAUACAGUUCCUUUGUACGUUGGCUAUGGAGGGCAUUUGGAAUGUUGUAACAACACCAGCGCGUCUGAUUUGUGUUUUAGUUACGAAAUUGUGUCCGAUUCUGAGAAUCAAGAGAAAAGUCAUUCAUGCGUCGAAGCUAGGCCAGUGACUGAGCAACCCAGGUGUCAGAAAAAUAGUGAUUGCUUAGCAGCACGUAGGACGGUGUGUAUACAUCCAUUUUUAGACAAGAACACUAAACUGAUCAAGAUUAUGAAAAGCAGAGGAAAAUCUGUUCUAUAUGUUGGUGAUCCAUAUCUUUUUGGACAUUCAGUUAGUGUCAGCAACUAUAUUCCAAAGUAUUCCUAUUUGCCGAUCUCACUUCCAGAUAUUAUAGAUCUGUUCUGCAGAUAUCUAAUUUCCUUGUCGGGAGCUUUGGCAAUCUUGAACGCUGUACCGUGCUUCGCUCUCGAUGGCCAGUAUAUCCUCACCGCCUUUAUUGAGUUUUCUUUAAAAACUGUCUUGCCGAAUCGAGAAGAUAGGGAAAGUGUUCAGUCACUAACUCUAAUAUUUGGGACAAUUCUACUUGCAGCUAAUAUUCUUCUUGCCCUUUAUACUUUAUUUGUGAGCUAAUUGUGAUUUGUUCAUAGAGUAAUUAUAAAUACACUAGACUGCUAAGUUGAACACAUUUCAUCCUGAAAUUUAGCAGCUUUAUUGGAGUGUAAUCCCUUUCAAAAUGGCCAUUCUAAAUGCAAUACUGUACCGACUCUAUUUGAAGAAUGCUUACAGUACCUAGAUAAAGUGACUGCCAUUUGUACUUUUAGUGGCACCCCUUGAAGACAAUGGAACAGUCCAUCCCAAGUAAGGACAUUCUUACUAGCCCAUACAAAUUUAGGUUCAUGGGUUUACAAGUCAGGAGCGAUUCCAACAGUCACCCCCCCCCCCC